AUGAAGAAGCUGCUGUUGUCAGCUGCGGUGGCUGCACUGGUACCAGAUGCGAGAGCCGCCUUAUUUCGACAGGUGGCUUUGUCAGACUCAGGCCGAAAGCCUGUUGAUAAGAUUGAUGAGCUCGAGGCUCGGAAUGCGGAAAUCGAAGCGGAGCAGACUGUCAAAGAAGCAGAAGCUGCUCUGCAAGAAGAUGACAAGCCAAGGCGCAAAGGUCGGAGGGCGCUUGGGGCGACUUUUGCUGCCCUCAUGAAGGAAAAGAAGGGACUGUCAUUCAAGGAGUUCGAGCCCAGGUGCAUCAAGCACCUGGAAGAGGUGAGCAGCUCCUUGGCUGAUGUGUACGGUGAUGUCCAGGUCGGCCAUCUUCUCACGCAAGAGUGCCGCUUGGAAGACGAAUUUCCCGACAGCGUGAAUGCUGGGUUCGAUGACGUUCAGGAGUGCCUGAAGUUCGCUGAGAAGUUCGAGGAAGCCAUGUUGGAGGAUGGCUCUUUCAAGAAGCUGUGCAAGGAGUUUUUCGAGGCAACAGACCCUGCAGCCAGCAACGAACUGACCGAAUCGGCUUUCAAGAAGAAGUCCAACAACAAGCAGGCAAGGACCACCACAUGGACGGUGUCCAGCUGGUGGAAGGAGGCCUACCGAGCACCCAAAGUGAAAGCAUCUGCACCUGGCACCUCCGCCACAGCCGCCACAACGAAGAGUGCGGAUGCUAAAGACGUAGGCGACGGCGCAAAGUCGAACGCGGAGGAUUUGAGCACCAACAGAGAAACCAGGCCAUCGAGUGAGCCAAAGUCACGAGCCGGCGGAGCCGCCGGUGUUGGAGCCGAUGGUGCUGGAGCCGAGGAUGUGGAGAAGUCCAAAGAUCCGGAGGACCCGGAGGAAGUGGGUGAUGCAGCUUACGAGGCUGCACUGCGCUCAGGGAAGAGCCCGGAAGACGCUGCCCGCAUUGCUGCAGCUGCCGCGAGCAAGGCCGCUGAAGCUGAGGCCCGACGAGCCGGCAAGAGCCCGAGAGAAGUACGAAAAGCAGCAGCUUCGGCGGCCUACAAUGCCGGUGUGUCGAAUGGCCUAAGCAAGGAAGAGGCGCAGGAGUCUUCAGUUCAGGCGGCGAAGGAUGUUAGCGUCAAAGCAGAUCGGGCCGCUCCGGGCCGUGGCAGCUCCGGCGAGGCCUCCGGCGAGGCCUCCGGCGAGGCCUCCGGCGAGGCCUCCCCGGAGGCUUCCGAAGCCUCCGAGGCUUCCAACCGAUCUAGCCAGGGCACGGAGAGGGCAACAGAGACAGCAACAGAGAAGGCUCAAGACGCCCACAGCGCAUUCGGUUGGCUCCAGUGGAUUUGGGAUUUCCUGUGGCCAAAGGCGGAAGCACAGCAAGGAGCUAGCCGCUCCCCAGCGUCGGCGAACAAGACGACCGACAUUGGCCUUCAAGAAGAUGAUCUUGAGCACUUAGAUGCAAUCCUUCGGCAAGAAAGGGAUUUCGAUGCGGAUGGUGUCGUGGCGGACACCGACAAGGAAACAUACACUUCCGCUUGCGUAGCGCAUCUGAAGAAGGUCGGCGAUUCCAUCGAUUCUUCGUAUUCAGACCAGCAGGCUGAGGAAGUAUUGAAGUCCCAGUGCCUUCUAGACAAGGAGUUUGCAACGAGGCAGGGUUCCUUCGUGAAGACGAAGGAUUGCGAACUUUUUGCCAGAUUGUACAUGAAGGCUCGAAGACAGGAGCUGCUGGGGAGUGACGCCUCCUACAAGAAACUCUGUUUCCUAGCUGCACCAGACCCACCAGUCUGGGCACCAAUGACAUUGCCCGCAGCUUUUCAUUCAGGUGCCUGGUAUUUCAUGUACAUGGACCAGGCCAGAGCCUGA